CAUACCUAUAUAUGCCGCUCGUCCCCUGCCACAUCUCAUCGAUCGCACACGACCCGCUUCCCUGUUUCCACCAGCAGCUCCGAUCUGAUGGCCACCUGCAACAAGCGGCCCGCCGCCGUCGACCGCCCGGGAGCGACCACCUGCCGCAAGAGGAGGCGCGUCGUCGGAACCACCGCGGACUACGACACGGAGACGCGCCUCGGCGAGGGCAUGUACGGCGUCGUCGUCAAGGCGCGCCACCGCGCCACCGGCCAGGCCGUGGCCAUCAAGUCCCUCUGCAACCCCUUCAACGAGCACGAGCCAGCCGACGCCCGCGAGCUGCUGCGCGAGGCUCGCUUCCUGGAGGCGUGCGGCGGCCACCCCAACAUCGUCGGCUUCCGCGGCGUCGUGCGCGACUACGUCACCGACGAGCUCUGCCUCGUCAUGGAGCACGUCCAAGGGAAGAGCCUCCACCGCCUCCUGCGCGAGAGCCGCGGCGGGCUCCCGGAGGCCACGGCGCGGGCCUUCAUGUGGCAGCUUCUCGCGGCGGCCAGAAAGAUGCACGGCUGCCACGUCGUCCACCGCGACCUCAAGCCGGCAAACAUUAUCGUCGGAGAAGAAGAAGGGAUCCUCAAGAUCUGCGACUUCGGGGCCGCCCUGUCCCUGUCGGAGGCGCCGCCGUACGAGAACGCCGGCACGGGGUGGUACCGGGCGCCCGAGAUGCUCCUCGGAUUCUGCAUCCACGACGCGCUCGUCGAUACGUGGUCGCUCGGCUGCGUGAUGGCGGAGAUCCUCAGCGGCGAGAGGCUUUUCCAGGCCGACGGAUCCGUCUCGCUGCUCAGGAGGAUCUUCGAAGUGGUCGGCGCGCCAGACGACGCAACGUGGCCGGGGUUCACUUCCCGGGAGUUCGCGCCCGAGGUGCAGCAAGUGCUAACCGGCCAACGGAGCACGUUGCGAGACAUCUUCCCGGAGGAGAAGCUGUCCAAGGAGGGCUUUGAUCUCCUGAGCGGCCUUCUUACCUGCAACCCCGACAAGCGCUUCACGGCGGCCGCCGCGCUCAAGCUGCCAUGGUUCGCCUCCGUUGCCGCAAACGCUCAGCCUCUUCUUCUUCCUGCUGCUGCUGCUGCUACGACGGCCGUGUCCAUAAAGGAGGAGGAAGUGGAGACCGCUCCAUCGACGCUGCGCAGAAAGAGGGUCACCGCAAAGAAAUCCAUGUUGCCCGUAAAGAAGAAGACGCAGCUCAUCGUUCCACCGGCGACAUGAUCGAAGACGGCCACUCCAGGCACCUGGAGUAGUUUUCCUUUCGAUAAAGAAGUACCUGGCAUAGUUGUGGUUGAAUCCAACUGAUUGUACUGUAGAGUAGAUGUAGAUGUAGUGCUAUAUGCAUGGAUCCAAUUAGACCGAAUCAGUUAGAGCUGAUUUGUAGGGAUUGAGGAGAUCCUGAGUUUUAGGAAAGGAUCGUACCAAUCUGUUUCUUUCUUGCCUUGUACGCUUGUAACACAUUGUACCCCUUGAGUAUAUAA